AUUUGAUACAAUUAGCAAAUGCUCUAAUUAUUUAUUAAUUCAAAGUGCAAAUUUUUUUUAUAAACCUAUAAAUUGUUUUUCGCACAGAUACAAUUACGUCAUUUUAUGAUUCUUCGAUAAACAUAAUUUAAGAGAACCUACAUAUUAUUUAAAAUUUGCCGUACCAAUGUCAAUUUUUUCGUGGGAUUUGGUUUAAAUAAAUAACAUAGUGUUUCCCCCUCCUCUACAAUUACGCUUGAAACAAAUACAUUUUUUGAUUCGGACUCAAGAAGUGUUUACAUAUAUGACGUAAACUGAAUUGAAGGAAAUGAGCUUUUACUUCCAAAACUAAAUUAAGACGAUUAGGAAAUUAAAAAUUUACAUACAAAGAGACAAGUGACAAGACAUGGAAAAAGGAAAUCGGUUUAUCAACAUGUCGGAUUUUAACAGCUGUGGUUUUGCUGACUCCCAGGCUCUUCUAGGUAUUGCACUAGGUCAAAGAAACAUUCGAGAGUUCAAAGUUGCUUUAGAUAUGGGAGCUGAUCCAAAAAGGCAAGAUUCUAAUUAUCUCAGUGUUUUUGAAAAAAGCUUACAAACCAAGGGCUGUAGUCCGUUUGUUAAGGAAUGUUUGGAUUAUGGUUGUGAUUCUUCUCAUAUAAAUACACGAUUAAAAAAAUCAGCUAUAAGCUAUGCAGCUGACUCACACGAUCCUUUGAUCAUUAAAACACUUCUUCAAAAUAAGAAGAUUGAUCUAAACGUAACAUAUGCUAAUCUUACUCCUCUUAAUAGUUUGGCAAAGAGCCUUUCAUCGGAUAAUGCAAAAGAUAUUAUAGACUGCAUAGAUGUUCUUCUUCAAUAUGGCGCCUCUCCCAACAUCCCGGACCAAAGAGAUAUGACACCCAUUCUUUAUGUGCUGAAAAACAAACAAAUUUCUACUGAACAGAAACGUCAACUUAUUGAAAAGUUUCUUAAACACCCAAAUAUAGAUUUGGAUACAUUUAGAGAUGGAGAAGCAAGGAAUUUACUCGAGAAAAAUUUCUCUGAUAUAAGUUUACCUUUAAAAACAUCAAAUGAAAUUGAUUUUAAUACACUCAUUGCUUUGCUGCACAACAAUAACGAAGACAAGUUUUUAACAAGCUUUACCGACUUUCAACUUAAUGAAACUGAAACUAAUAACGAGUUGUACCUAGAACUUUUAAUAGAAUCUACGAAAAGAGGACAUCAUAAAGCCUUUGACUUAAUUUUGAAAUCAUUUUCUAACAUCAAUGCUCUUCACAAUGGGUGUAGUGUUGUCGAAAUUGCUUGUAUUUGGGGCAACUGGGUGGCUUUAGAAAAGUUGAUUGAUAUAGAUGACCUUAAACAGCACUAUCAAAAGAGUCUUUUAGUUAUUGUGAUAAAGAAAUUGGAAGAAAAACCUGUGUUGGCAUUAUUCGAUCAUACAAAAUGUUUCUAUAUUCUUUUGAAUUGGAACAAAAUAGAUAUUAAUGAAACUGAUUCAUCUGGUUCGACACCCUUACAUUAUGCUGUUAAGUAUCGAAAUAAACAAGCUAUUCAGGAGCUUUUAAAGCGUGGAGCUUAUAUUGGAUUGAGAAGCAAAUUUAACGAUAUUCCCAUAGAUGCAAUGGAACCCGAUCUUCUUGAGGAACAUUUUGAUUCAUGCAUCACCACCAACGGGUAUAAGCCAGGUGACGAGAGCUUUGAAAUUAUAAUAAACUACGCAAAUCUAAUCCCCACUCAGCCAGCACAAGGAAAAUCUCCUCAAUAUAGCUUACGGGAUGAGAUGACUCCAAUAACUCACAUAGCAGAAUCGAAAGAAAUGCGACAUCUUUUAAAGCAUCCACUUAUUACUAGUUUUUUGUUUCUGAAGUGGCAUCGAUUAUCGCUCGUGUUUUACAUAAAUCUUCUUGUUUACAGCUUCUUUUGUUUUUCAAUUGCCACUCACACCAUAUUAAAAUUCCGGGAGAAUGAAAACCAAGCAUUAGUAGGACUCCUUGGUGUUUUUUCAUUUAUCGGAAUUGGAUAUUUAAUAGUGCGAGAGCUUCUUCAAGUUACGAUAUCUCCAUUGAGUUACUUUAAAUCACCAGUAAACUAUAUAGAAAUAGUUUUAAUUUUUCUAUGUAUAGCGACGGUUACAGAAAAAGAUUAUGAUAAUCAGACACAAAGAAUUGUUGCAGUUUUAACGAUGUUACUUUUGUCAGUGGAACUAUGUCUUAUAGUUGGAUCAAUACCCGUUCUCUCUAUUUCAACUCACAUGCUUAUGCUCAAAGCUGUUUUGAAGAGUUUUAUGAAAAGUUUUGCAUUGUAUUCAAUAUUUGUAAUCACAUUCAGCAUAUGUUUUUAUAUUCUCUUCGGGAAAAAAACCGAAGAAGGUGAUUUCAACAAGUUUUCUAAUCCAUUAACAACACUAAUCAAAAUAAUUGUUAUGUUAACCGGAGAAUUUGACGCUGGAGACAUUGAGUUCGAUUCAAUGUAUAGCUACUUUUUAUUUCUGUUAUUUGUCAUCUUUAUGUCUAUUGUUUUGUUCAACUUACUCAAUGGAUUGGCCGUAAAUGAUACUCAAGCAAUAAAAGAACAAGCUGAACUAAAUGGAUCAAUUUGUCGCUCUCAUCUAUUAACAUGCUAUGAACGGCUUUUGAUCGGACAAAAUCAUAGAACCAGUGUUAUAGUGAACCACCAGCCAUUCCUAGCUAUAUGUCGAAGACUAAUAAAUCUCUUUCCUUACUGCAUUGGCGGCAACUCAAUUUCAAUUCUACCAAAUAAUCGAAAUAAAAUUUUUAUUCCUUAUUCGAAUUCACUGGAACUAGUGAAUCAACAAGACCCUAGUUCAAGAAAAUCUUUAAUUUCUAUGCGUGACAUCAAUGAGAAUGAGAAAAAACUUUUGGAUCCACCAAUGCAAUUUCUGCCAUGUUGUUGCAGCUGUAUCACUGGGAGAUGCUCUGAAAUGGACUCAAGGACUGUUAAAACUGCCAUGGCUGUUAUUGAAAAGAAAAACGAAUUAAUAGAAGAAAAACAUCGACUUCAAUACCAAGAAAUACGGCUGAAAAAUAUUGAGGAUAAAAUCGAAAAAAUAUUUGAAAUGAUGCAAAAUAUGACUUCGUAGUUAUCGAUAUAUUAAAAGAAUUUGUUUUUUGUCUAAAGAUUCCUAUAAAAUACAUUUGCAUAGUAACAGAAAACGAUAUCACUAAACUUAUUAUGUGUGUAAAUAAAUAUUAUAUGAAAUAAGUAUAACAUUAAUAAAUCUCGUCAUAAACUUA